UGAGGCUAACUGUUGCAGCGUGAAACAUCUGCUCUGCUGUCUGCUGCCUUCUAGUGCACAUUGAAGACUUUUUAAUGAAUGCUUGGCAUUCGCGUCGGCAUCGGCUGCCCACACCACACCAGGUUUGUCUGUGGGUCAGCCUCAUGACUGACAUGUCAACAAGCUGUGCACAGUGCCGGCGUCACAGCGACUGACCACCACAUUUAGCCCAUGCCUGUGAAAGUUCAACGUCUGCCAGGCCGGAGAGCUUAAAGGCCCCGAUCUAAGAGCUGGAGCUUUCUGGAGCGAUGAUACUGCUUCAUCAUCUUCUAUUGGUUUUGACUUUGACGUAGGUUUUCCGCCUACCAGUCGAAGAAACAAGCCACUUUUAUCCAUUUGAGUUGUAAAUGACCCAUAAAAGUAACCAGUGAGCAUUUCAUAAAGUGAUUCAUCACGGAAGCAGAGCAACUCAAUCGACUUUGAAGGACAUGCUGUGACCGCCUGGGCCUCCGCCACUGUUUGAUGUGGCACUUUGCGGAGGCAAGACCGGUCUGGGCUAGCUGCCUUUUCCCAUGAGUGUCACUUGUCAUCUCGCCACUGUUAAAGAAUGAGCCAUUCAUCGGAGGCCGACACUGAAAGGGGAUCUUUAGCGGCGAGUGUCUGCAUUGACGGAGACGAAGAAAACUUAUUCAAGUGUCUGAAGGACGUCGAGAAGCGGACGGUGCAGAUAGUGACAGCCGCGCACAUCUCACCGCUGAGUCGUCCGUCCAUGUCACUGCCCAAUGGAGAAAUACGAGAAACUGGCCAAAAUCGGAGAAGGCUCUUACGGCGUGGUGUUCAAGUGCAGAAACAGAGACACCGACCAAAUUGUGGCCAUCAAGAAGUUUGUGGAAUCCGAAGACGAUCCCAUGAUCAAGAAAAUUGCGCUGAGGGAAAUUCGCAUGCUGAAGCAGCUGAAACACAUCAACCUGGUCAACCUGCUGGAGGUGUUCCGCAGGAAACGACGCCUCCACUUGGUCUUUGAGUUCUGUGAGCAGACGGUCCUCAACGAGCUGGAAAAACACCCUCGCGGUGUUCCAGAGGCCCAGCUGAAGAGCAUCGUCUGGCAGACGCUACAAGCCGUCAACUUCUGCCACAAGCACAACUGCAUCCACCGCGACGUCAAGCCCGAGAACAUCCUCAUCACCAAGGCCGGCGUCAUCAAGUUGUGCGACUUUGGCUUCGCUCGCAUUCUCACGGGCCCAGAGGACGACUACACGGACUACGUGGCGACCCGCUGGUACCGGGCCCCUGAGCUACUGGUGGGGGACACUCAGUACGGCCCCCCCGUGGACGUGUGGGCGGUGGGCUGCGUCUUCGCCGAGCUGCUGAGCGGGAAUCCGCUCUGGCCGGGGAAGUCCGACGUGGACCAGCUCUACCUCAUCCGCAGAACUCUCGGGGACCUCAUCCCUCGACACCAGCAGGUGUUCCGGUCCAACGUUUUCUUCAGCGGAGUCAGUAUUCCCGAACCUGACACCACGGAAACUCUGGAAAAGCGAUUCUCUGGCGCGUCACCCCUGGCUCUUCAAGUCAUGAAGGCGUGCGCGGUGAUGGAUCCCUCGCUCAGGCUGUCGUGCGAGGAACUGCUGGCGCUACCUUACAUCCACGAGGAAGGCGGCGCCGGCUGGCCCCGCGACGCCGAACAACGGCCCCCGAGACGCCAUGACAAAGGCGCCCGUCGCAGACAGACAGGAGCUCAAUACUUGCCCCAGUUAACCAACAGCAACAUGUCGCCGGCGCCGGAUGUCAAGAAGCCCGCGAAGCACAAAUAUCACCUGCCCAACAUUUAGCCAAUAACCAGCAGACAUUUUGUGUGGGAGUGGCGGUUCGGUCCGGUAACGCUUACGACACCAAGCUGUAGUUUUGAAAAUUAUUUGUAUAGUUACAUAGUAUGCAUAUAUAUAGUUUUCAAAGUAAACAUUAUCAUCUUUAUAAAAGCAGAUUUCUCAAUA